CUCUGCUCCAGGGGGUGACGGUGGCCACAUCUUCACUUGGGUGCCCGAGCGCUAUUAUGAAACACCGCAGGGCCUCUGCUUCGCCUGGCCACCGAAAGACUGCACCCGAGAAGAGGUGGACCGUAGUCCGAACUUCCUCGUGGAGUACGCACAAUCACAGGCAAAAGUAUACACCAACGACACAGUGGCGGUGAUGGCCGGAUGUGACAUGUGCUUCAGCUACGCCGAAAAACAAUUCGAGAGGCAAGAAGACGUCUUGGCGAAGGCGAUUCCAAUAGCCGGAAAGCAGAAUCCACGAGUCCACGUGGUCUACUCGACGCCGGCGUGCUACGCACAGGCACUUCAUGAGGCUUCUCGGACCUGGCCUCGCUUCUCGGACGAUUUGCUGCCGUACUCAGAUUCGCCGGGCCGUACGUGGACGGGAUUUUAUACCACGCGGCCAAACCUUAAGAUGUUCAUACGAUACGCAAAUGGAUUCCUCCAAGCCUGCAAGCAGCUGUCUCUCUAUGGUCGACAGGAUGCCUCCGAGAGAGCAAGGAAGUUGGGUGAAGCGGUGGCCACGGUGCAACACCACGACGGAGUCACGGGAACGUGCUCGAAAACAGCGGCCAGUGACUACACCAACAGGAUGCUCAAGGGCAUGGAUCAAUGCGAGGCAAGCCAAUGACCUUUUCGCACUGUACGCCAA